AUGGGUCAAAGGUUAUUGGAGUUGACUCUGGCAGACGAUUGGCUGACAGUCAAUGUUGUGAAACUUCAUUGGAUAAAGGAACACACGCCUUUCCAACCUGAAAGAGCACAACAAACGACAAGGUUAUCCAUGUGCGUCUGACUGAGCCAACUGUAAGCAUGCUGACCGCACAGAGGGCAUGUACUGCAUUGGCUGCCCGGCGCCUGGUUAGAGCUUCUGUCUCUUCAUCGCACACACACCGCUCUCUGAUCCACACUUCAGUGUCAUGUCAGGACCAAGUUGAGCUGCACCCUGAAUGGGUCAACUUGGCUAAGAAACAGCUGAAGGGGAAAAACCCAGAGGAUCUGAUCUGGCGCACACCCGAGGGAAUCAACAUCAAGCCUGUGUACACUAAAGCAGACUCAACAGCCAUUCCUGAUGAAUUGCCAGGAGUGUUUCCCUACACUAGAGGGCCCUAUCCCACCAUGUACACUUACAGACCGUGGACCAUCAGGCAGUAUGCUGGCUUUAGCACCGUGGAGGAGAGCAACAAGUUCUAUAAAGACAACAUUAAAGCCGGUCAACAGGGUCUCUCUGUUGCCUUUGACCUCCCAACACACCGUGGUUAUGACUCGGACAACCCCAGAGUCCAUGGAGACGUGGGCAUGGCCGGAGUGGCUAUAGACACGGUUAAGGACAUGAAGAUGCUCUUUGAUGGAAUCCCCCUGGAUAAGAUGUCUGUGUCAAUGACAAUGAAUGGGGCAGUCAUCCCUGUGUUAGCAAUGUUUAUUGUCACCGGAGAGGAGCAGGGUGUUUCCAAAGCCCAACUGACAGGCACCAUUCAGAAUGAUAUUUUGAAAGAGUUUAUGGUUCGCAACACUUAUAUUUUCCCCCCGGAGCCUUCCAUGCACGCCAUUGCAGACAUCUUCGCGUACACCUCCAAGCACAUGCCUAAGUUCAACUCCAUAUCCAUCAGUGGCUACCAUCUUCAAGAGGCUGGAGCUGAUGCAAUCCUGGAAGUAGCCUACACCAUCGCUAAUGGCCUGGAGUACUGCCGCACUGGCCUCAAAGCAGGUUUAACCAUCGACGAGUUUGCCCCAAGGUUGUCAUUCUUCUGGGGUAUCGGCAUGAAUUUCUACAUGGAAAUUGCCAAGCUGAGGGCAGCCAGGAAAUUAUGGGCAACGCUCAUUAAUGAGAAGUUCCAGCCCAAGAAUGCCAAGUCCCUCCUCCUCCGCACACACUGCCAAACUUCAGGCUGGUCUCUUACUGAACAGGAUCCGUACAACAAUGUGAUCCGCACAGUGAUUGAAGGCAUGGCAGCUGUGUUCGGGGGCACCCAGUCGCUGCACACCAACUCUUUUGACGAAGCUCUGGGUUUGCCCACUGUGAAGAGCGCUCGCAUCGCCAGGAACACCCAAAUCAUCAUCCAGGAAGAGUCGGGCAUUCCCAAAGUCGCCGAUCCCUGGGGAGGCUCGUACAUGAUGGAGGCUCUCACAGAUGACGUCUACAACACAGCUUUGAAGUUCAUUAAUGAGAUUGAAGACAUGGGAGGCAUGGCCAAGGCUGUGGCAGAGGGCAUCCCAAAACUUCGUAUUGAGGAAUGUGCUGCACGUAGACAGGCCCGCAUUGAUUCAGGAUCAGAAGUCAUUGUUGGGGUGAACAAGUACCGACUAGAAAAAGAGGAGACCGUGGAGGUGUUGGCCAUAGAUAACACCAUUGUCCGUCAGAAACAGAUUGAAAAACUGAAAGAGGUGAGAGCGACUCGUGACCCUGAGGUAGCGAAGAAGUGCUUGGCGGCCAUUGAGGAGUGUUCCCGAACCAGAGAGGGCAACCUUUUAGCCCUGGCUGUGGAGGCAGCACGAGCCAGAUGCUCGGUGGGUGAAAUAACUGAUGCCAUGAAGAAAGUGUUUGGUGAACACAAAGCCAGCACCAGGAUGGUGAGCGGUGCUUACCGCAGCGAGUUUGGAGAACAUGAAGAGAUCACCCUGGCCCACAAUAGAGUUACUGAGUUUAAGAAGCACGAAGGCAGAAACCCUCGACUGCUGGUGGCAAAGAUGGGUCAGGACGGCCACGACAGGGGUGCCAAAGUCAUCGCCACUGGCUUUGCCGACCUGGGCUUUGACGUGGACAUCGGGCCACUGUUUCAGACUCCCCUCGAGGUCGCCCAGCAGGCGGUCGAUGCAGACGUCCACUGCGUCGGGGUCAGCACGCUUGCCGCGGGGCACAAGACCCUGGUCCCGGAGCUCAUCAAGGAACUCCGAAAGCUCAACAGGCCGGAUAUCCUCGUCAUCUGUGGAGGCGUCAUCCCGCCACAGGACUACGAGUUCCUGUACCAGAGCGGUGUAUGCGCCAUCUUCGGUCCAGGAACCAGGAUCCCACGAGCUGCAGUGGAGGUUAUUGACAACAUCGAGAAAAGCCUAGAAAACAUACGUCAGGCCAUGUAGAAACUCACAAUGCAAACUGUCAGCCCAUAUUUCUGUAUAGAAUGUUAAAAAAAAAAAAAAAAAGAAAGAAAGAAAAAAGGUCAGAGUUGCCUUCUCAGUCCUUAAUCUGACUUUACUAAUAGUUAUUUUGAGUUUCUUUUGUUGCUCAUUAACAUUAUCAAUCAAAAUGUAAAGACUGAUUCAUUGCAGCAUGCGUUCACAGCAUUAAAUACAAAGUUGCUAUGUUUGCCGUUAUCCUGUAAAUAUCCUAGAAACAACGCACUCAACAACACUAUAAACAUACUGUGAACGGAUUACAUUCAUUGUGAAGUGUCGGCGUGUAAUUUACCUAUCAGGGCAUAAUUAGUACCAGUGAAGCAAACAAGGAUAGAUAUAAACUGGCAUCAAAACAAACCUCUUAUGAACCAUUAUCUCUGCCUCUUCUCCUGAAGGAUAAUGUCAUCCCAAACGUGGCCUUCACAUUACAUCAGUUUCAUUUAAACAUUUGCUCAGGUGUAGAAACAUGGAACGGUAAUCACGAUUGAUGAAACAGUUGGAAAUAAUAUUUUUUUAUUUGUGAUUGUGAAUCCCAUUUAGCGCUCUGUGCUCUAAAUAAAGUCUGUGAGCUUCAGAAA